UUUAGCUGAAAUGAAAACAAUUGAUUACGAAGAAAAAAUAAUCAAAGGAAGAAGAAAUAUGAAUAAACAUGGAGAAUCAAGUUUGCAUGAAGUUGCUCGUUCUGAUGAUUAUCAAUUAUUAAAAAAAUUAAUUGGAGAAGGAUAUGAUGUUAAUCAAUUAGAUCAUGGGGGAUGGACACCUUUAAGUGAAGCAGUGGCUGCAUCAAAUAUGGCAAAUGUCCGGCUAUUAUUAAUGAGUGGUGCAAAUCCAAAUACCCGUUCAACUGAAUUUCUUGUUGAUUCUGAACAAAAUAAAAUUACUUCAAGUGGACUUACCCCCUUGAUGGAAGCAUGUUCCUUCGGCAAUGUUAGCAUUGCCAGAAUGCUUCUGCAAUUUAAAGCACGCGCUUCGAGUAAAGAUGAUGAUGAUUGGACUGCCUUAGAAUAUUUGCGUGAAUGUUUGAAAAAUGAGAGGUUUAAUGAUUCUGACAAAGAAAAAUUACACAAAUUGGCUGAAUUUAUAGCACAACGACAAUCAGAAGAAGGUUUUGAACCACGUACCAACAGCGAAUUUCUUCAUCUUUUGGAAUGUAAAAGAGCUGAAAAGAAGAGAACUUCAGAUUCAAACAAAGAACAACAACAAUUAGAUUUAUCUCCUUUAAAACAAAAUUCUUCUUUAAAUCUUUCCAAUAAAAAAAGAACAUUAUCUAUAUUAAGUGACGAUUCUGAUGAUUGUUUAACAAAAACAACAACUUUUUCUGCUGCAAUAAAUUCUUCAAAUGAAGAAAGUAGUGAUGAAGAGACACAAAAUUUAAAUGAUUAUAGAAAAUGUAUGAAAAUAUUGAGAAAUAGAAGGGAUUUAAAUGAAGAAAGAGGUGGGAAGAAUAAGGAAACGAUUGUGAUUAAGAGGAAAAGAUUGGGAGGAAAUUCGUUACGUUUAAAUUGUGCCAAAAAAUUUUUCAAAUAA